AUGGACGUGGUCGUGGUCGUGGACGUGGACGUGGACGUGGACGUGGACAUAGACGUGGACGUGGACGUGGACGUAGACGUGGACGUGGACAUGGACGUGGACGUGGACGUGGACGUGGACGUGGUUGUGGACGUGGACGUGGACGUGGACGUGGACCUAGACGUGGACGUGGACAUGGACGUGGACGUGGACAUGGUCGUGGAUGUGGACGUGGAGGUGGACGUGGACGUGAACAUGGACGUGGACGUGGACAUGGACGUGGACGUGGAAAGGGACGUGGACGUGGACGUCGACAUGGACGUGGACGUGGACAUGGACGUGGACGUGGACGGACAUGGACGUGGACACGUGGACGUGGACGUGGACGUGGACGUAGACGUGGACGUGGACAUGGACGUGGACGUGGACGUGGACGUGGACGUGGACAUGGACGUGGACAUGGACGUGGACGUGGACGUGGUCGUGGACGUGGACGUGGACGUGGACAUGGACAUGGACGUAGACGUGGACGUGGACGUGGACGUCGACGUGGACAUGGACGUGGACGUGGACGUGGACGUGGACGUGGACAUGGACGUGGACGUGGACCUGGACGUGGACGCGGACGUGGACGUGGACAUGGUCGUGGACGUGGACCUGGACGUGGACGUGGACAUGGACGUGGACAUGCUCGUGGACGUGGACGUGGACGUGGACGUGGACGUGGAGGUGGACAUGGACGUGGACGUAGACGUGGACGUAGACGUGGACAUUGACGUGGACAUGGUUGUGGACGUGGAUGUGGAAGUGGACGUGGACGUGGAUGUGGACAUGGACGUGGACGUAGACGUGGACGUGGACGUGGACAUGGACGUGGACGUGGACGUGGUCGUGGACGUGGACGUGGACAUGGACGUGGACGUGGACAUAGACGUGGACGUGGACAUAGACGUGGACGUGAACGUGGACGUGGAUGUGGACGUAGACGUGGAUGUGGACAUGGACGUGGACGUGGUCGUGGACAUCGACGUGGACGUGGAAGUGGACGUGGACGUAGACGUGGACGUGGUUGUGGACGUGGACGUGGACGUGGUCAUGGACGUGGAUGUGGACGUGGACAUGGACGUGGACGCCGACGUGGACGUGGACGUGGACGUCGACGUGGACGUCGACGUGGACGUGGAUAUGGAUGUGGACGUGGACGUGGACGUGGACAUGGACGUGGACGUGGACAUGGACGUGGACGUGGACAUGGACGUGGACAUGGUUGUGGACGUGGACCUAGACGUGGACGUGGACAUGGACGUGGACAUGGUCGUGGACGUGGACGUGGACGUGGACGUGGUCGUGGAUGUGCACAUGGACGUGGACGUGGACGUGGACGUGGACAUGGUCGUGGACGUGGACGUGGACAUGGUCGUGGACGUGGACGUGGAAGUGGACGUGGUCAUGGUCGUGGUCGUGGACAUGAACGUGGAGGUGGACGUGGACGUGGACGUGGACGUCGACGUGGACGUGGUCGUAGACGUGGACGUGGACGUCGACGUCGACGUCGACGUGGACGUGGACGUGGACAUGGACGUGGACAUGGAAGUGGACGUGGACGUGGACGUGGACAUGGACGUGGACGUGGACAUAGACGUGGACGUGGACAUAGACGUGGACGUGAACGUGGACGUGGAUGUGGACGUAGACGUGGAUGUGGACAUGGACGUGGACGUGGUCCUGGACAUCGACGUGGACGUGGAAGUGGACGUGGACGUAGACGUGGACGUGGUCGUGGACGUGGACGUGGACGUGGUCAUGGACGUGGACGUGGACAUGGACGUGGACGCCGACGUGGACGUGGACGUGGACGUCGACGUGGACGUGGACGUGGACGUGGACAUGGAUGUGGACGUGGACGUGGACGUGGACAUGGACGUGGACGUGGACAUGGACGUGGACGUGGACAUGGACAUGGACGUGGACAUGGUCGUGGACGUGGACCUAGACGUGGACGUGGACAUGGACGUGGACAUGGUUGUGGACGUGGACGUGGACGUGGACGUGGUCGUGGAUGUGCACAUGGACGUGGACGUGGACGUGGACGUGGACAUGGUCGUGGACGUGGACGUGGACAUGGUCGUGGACGUGGACGUGGAAGUGGACGUGGUCGUGGUCGUAGACAUGAACGUGGACGUGGACGUGGACGUGGACGUCGACGUGGACGUGGUCGUGGACGUGGACGUGGACGUCGACGUCGACGUCGACGUGGACGUGGACGUGGACAUGGACGUGGACAUGGAAGUGGACGUGGACGUGGACGUGGACAUGGACGUGGACAUGGACAUGGACGUGGACAUUGACAUGGACGUGGACGUGGACGUGGUCGUGGACGUGGACGUGGACGUGGACAUGGACGUAGACGUGGACGUGGACGUGGACGUGGACAUGGACGUGGACGUGGAUGUGGACGUGGACGUGGACAUGGACGUGGACAUGGAAGUGGACGUGGACGUGGACGUGGACAUGGACGUGGACGUGGACGUCGACGUGGACGUGGACGUCCACAUGGACGUAGACGUGGACGUGGACAUGGACGUAGACAUGGACAUGGACGUGGACGUGGACGUGGACGUGGACGUGGACAUGGACGUGGACAUGGACGUGGACGUCGACGUGGACGUCGACGUGGUCGUGGACGUGGACGCGGACGUGGACAUGGACGUGGACGUGGACGUGGACGUCGACGUGGACAUGGACGUGGACGUGGACGUGGACGUGGAAAUGGACGUGGACGUGGACAUGGACGUGGACGUGGACGUGGACAUGGUCGUGGACGUGGACCUGGACGUGGACGUGGACAUGGACGUGGACAUGGUCGUGGACGUGGACGUGGACGUGGACGUGGACGUGGACGUGGACAUGGACGUGGACGUGGACGUGGACAUGGACAUGGUCGUGGACGUGGACGUGGAAGUGGACGUGGUCGUGGUCGUGGUCGUGGACGUGGACGUGGACAUGGACGUGGACGUGGACAUGGACGUGGACGUGGACAGGGACGUGGACGUGGACGUUGACGUGGACGUGGACGUGGACGUGGACGUGGACAUGGACGUGGACAUGGUCGUGGACGUGGACGUGGACGUGGACGUGGACGUGGACAUGGUCGUGGACGUGGACGUGGAAGUGGACGUGGUCGUGGUCAUGGUCGCGGACAUGGACGUGGACGUGGACGUGGACGUGGACAUCGACGUCGACGUGGUCGUGGACGUGGACGUGGACGUGGACGUAGACGUGGACGUGGACGUGGACGUGGACAUGGACGUAGACAUGGAAGUGGACGUGGACGUGGACAUGGACGUGGACAUGGACAUGGACGUGGACGUGGACGUGGACGUGGUCGUGGACGUGGACGUGGACGUGGACAUGGACGUGGACGUGGACGUGGCCGUCGACGUGGACAUGGACGUGGACGUGGACGUGGACGUGGACAUGGACGUGGAUGUGGACGUGGACGUGGACGUGGACGUGGACGUGGACAUGGACGUGGACGUGGACGUGGACGUGGACAUGGACGUGGACGUGGACCUGGACAUGGACGUGGACAUGGACAUGGACGUGGACGUGGACGUGUACGUGGACGUGGACAUGGACGUGGACAUGGACGUGGACGUGGACGUGGACGUGGUCUUGGACGUGGACGUGGACGUGGACAUAGACGUGGACGUGGACAUGGACGUGGACGUGGACAUGGACGUGGAUGUGGACAUGGACAUGGACAUGGAAGUGGACGUGGACGUGGACGUGGACGUAGACGUGGAGGUGGACGUGGUCGUGGACGUGGACAUGGACGUGAACGUGGACGUGGACAUGGACGUGGACAUGGACAUGGACGUGGACGUGGACAUGGACGUGGACGUGGACAUGGACGUGGACAUGGACGUGGACGUGGACGUGGAUUGGUCGUGGACGUCGACGUGGACGUAG